AACCGUAGAGCACUGUGGAGAACGUUGCUGCACGUUGCUGAUGACAGUAAUGACACGUUGAGUUUCGUCAGACGUUUCGUAGAACCAGUCAGAUCUGUACCGGUGAAUUGGUAGCAAAGAAUUAACCUCUUUCAAAUCAUCCGGCGCACCUCAGAGGCAGGUUUAUUGACAGCAUAUCCAAAUAUACUUGGAAGCAGAUUUAUCAUUCAAGAUGUCUGAGAAAGAGACGACAUCAUUGGGUAUUUAUACAUCAGAAAAGCAUGGUAAUGACGAGACAGGGGAUGGUUCGGAAGUUAGCCCCUUCAAAACCAUCUUAAGAGCAAUGCGUCACGCUGGCAAGGAACCCUUUCCAGUCAUCUAUUGCGAUUCUCAUGAAGAUGGCAAAAAAUAUGAACCAGCAUCCAAGUCUCAGUUGAAAAAGGUACAAAAGAUCUGGGUUAGAGAACAGCAUAAAAAUGAGGAGAAGGAGAAGAAAUUACUGGAGGAUGAAGAAAAAAGAGUGAAGAAUCUUGAAGAAGCCAGAGCGAUUGUUAUAGAGGAGGACAAAUCCUUGCCGGCAGCGAAGCAGAUUAAAAUUGGACAAGCUGUCACUCACAGAGAUCAAAGAAUCAAGUUGUUUGGAUGGGUGCAUCGACUAAGGCGGCAAGGCAAGGCACUCAUGUUUAUUACGCUGCGAGACGGAACAGGCUUCCUACAAUGUGUAUUGACUGACAAGCUUUGUCAAACUUACGACGCCCUGAUCCUUGCCACAGAGGCUGCCGUUCAGCUGUUUGGAACUUUAAAAGCUGUCCCUGAAGGGAAAAGUGCACCUGGUGGACACGAAUUAUCUGUCGAUUAUUGGAAACUGAUUGGGCCGUCACCUCCAGGUGGUGCGGAUUCCAUCUUGAACGAGGAAGCUCUGCCUGAUGUACAGUUGGACAACAGACACAUAAUGAUCCGAGGCGAAAAUACAUCGAGAAUCUUGAUCAUGAGGUCUAUAUUGACACAAGCAUUCAGGGAUCAUUAUAAAGACCGCGGUUAUUGCGAAGUGACCCCGCCAACUUUGGUACAGACUCAAGUGGAAGGUGGCUCGACUCUCUUCAAGUUAGAUUAUUUCGGGGAAACUGCUUUUCUCACUCAGAGCUCCCAAUUGUAUCUCGAAACGUGCAUUCCAGCGAUGGGAGAUGUGUAUUGCAUCGCCCAGUCGUAUCGAGCAGAACAGUCGAGAACGCGUCGUCAUCUUGCCGAAUUCACGCACAUCGAGGCGGAAUGUCCGUUCAUCACUUUCGACGAUUUAUUAGACCGGUUAGAAGACUUGAUUUGCGACGUAGUUGAACGAGUUUUGCAAUCACCGCUCGGUCACCUCGUGAAAGAAUUGAAUCCCAACUUCCAAGUGCCCAAGAAGCCGUUUAAGCGGAUGAACUACAGCGAUGCGAUCGAGUACCUGAGAGAAAAUAACAUCACGAAGGAGGACGGUAGCUUCUAUGAGUUCGGAGAGGAUAUUCCAGAAAUGCCAGAGAGAAAGAUGACCGACGCUAUUAACGAACCGAUAAUGCUCUGCCGUUUCCCCGAGAUAAAGUCAUUUUACAUGCAACGUUGCCCGGAAGACAGACGUCUGACUGAAUCGGUCGACGUGCUCCUGCCGAACGUGGGUGAAAUCGUUGGCGGUUCGAUGCGUAUCUGGGAUUACAACGAGAUGAUGGAGGGCUACAGCCGUGAGAACAUCGAUCCAACCCCAUACUACUGGUACACAGACCAGCGGAGAUACGGAUCCUGCCCUCACGGUGGUUACGGGUUGGGACUGGAACGAUUUUUGUGCUGGCUGUUGAAUAGAUACCACAUACGCGAGGUGUGUUUAUACCCGCGUUUCCUGGAGCGUUGUCGCCCAUAAGAGCAUUCUAUCGAUAUGCGUGUAUGUCGAUGGUACAUUAGCAUAGAGACAUUUCGCUUUACACUACAAUAAUAAAAUAUGCAGCAUUUAAAUAAGACACUACUUAAUAUAUCACUGAAAAUGGUUGUUUAAAUAAAGAUAUUGUAUGUAAUUAAAUAUUGAUUAUUUGUAUCUUUGGGAAAUAGAUAAUAAAAGAGAAAAUCUGUUAGAAAGCAACCCUAA